CCGCCCCCAAACCCUCCGGAGAAGAUUCCUUCGAGCUUCUUUUCUGGAAGUCCGUGAACCCAUUCGAGUACUCCGGACACCUUCAGCACGCUUUGAGGAGUACAGUGGUCUUGGUAGCUAAGGCUGGAGAGGUGAGGUCGGUAGGCUAAUGAAUGAGAUUCCAGGGACAACUCUAUAUAAAGGUGCUGAAGGACGGCCAGGCAACCACAAGAACAGACAGAACAUUCUAAACACAUCUUCUUUCUGAUAUCUCAAGAGAGGUCUACCCCGUUGCUUCUUGCCAAAACGUGACACAAGAAGCGCAAACAUGUUCGCAUCGAUACCCAGCCUGCGCAUCUGCCUCGUGGCACUAAGCCUGUUCUUCAUCUGGUCUCCCCUGGCCGCCGCCGUACCCCACGGACCUGCGCCCAACAAGGAAGAUGCAGCCCACCUCGACAAGCGCUACACCAGUCCCACGGUGAUCUGGCCCGCCAACCUCACCCGCACCCCGAUGAACGUCUUCCUCCAGAUCCUCAACACCCAGCCCAACCCGGACCCGGACCUCAUCAAGGAGUGCGUCACCCUGGACGCCACCUACGUCUCGCUCACCAUGGACAACCCGGACCUGCAUAAGAUCAUGCCGUGGGCGGGGACGCGCUACCGGGUGGGCUACCAGGCCUUCCUAGACACCUUCACACGUGUCGGCCUCUGGUGGACCCGCGGCCCGUUCUCGAUCGACGCCAUCUUCAGCGAUGGCGGGGGCAAUGUCACUGCCUGGGGCCAGUUCGAGAUCACCUCCAACAUCAUGCAGAAAACCAUCACCGCCCCCUGGUCGGCUCGGGCCGAGAUCAACGAGGACAUGAAGAUCACCUACUUUCAGUACAUGGAGGAUACCUUCGGCACGGCGAGCACCUUCUGGGCCGAUGGACAGAAGGAGUAUCGGGCGGAUCCAUAUGGGGGCAGUGUCUGGCUGUGAGCUUGUGGCUGAAUCAGUUUCAAAUGAAGACGAAGAUGGUGGGAUGGGGAUAUUGAAGGUGCUACUGCAUAUAGAUUGAACUGCUGGGGAUGACUGUGUUGGGUAAUGGUGCAUAGAAGCGGUGGAUGGGAUUGUUUGGGACCAACUAGGAUUAGUUGAAUACACUUGUCUUGCAUUGGCCGGGGUCUUUCCGCGCGUCCAUCCUAAUCUAGACUUCUGAGUCUGUAAACAGUACCCUUCAUAGCGCGUACUCCGAAUAACGAAUGUCCAG